AUGGGUGACAAGGACAAACUUAUUUUAGACGAGCCUGUCGAGGAUGGAGUCAAAUCGUACUCUAGAAAGCAUAGUAAAAAAGCAAAAGGAUACCUUCAACUUCCCUGGUACUUUUCCGGUGGCAUUGUCCUGUUCUGGGGACUGCUUUUCGUGGCGGUAGUGAAGCCCCUCUUCUACCGCCUUCCCGAACCCCUCACAGUAGAGGAUGCCUCAAAAGGUGUCUUCAUAGCCGAACGUGCCCAGGCCAAUCUUUAUGAUUUCGAAGCCAUUGGUACCAAGGUGGUCGGCAGCGAUGGAAACGAGCAUAAGACUGUGCAGUUUCUGCUUAAAGAAUUGAAUCUGAUCAAGGAGAACAUUCGGGAGGACCUCUUCGACAUGGAAAUCGAUCUGCAAUAUGCCUACGGUGCGUAUGUGAAGUGGAAUCUGGUCAACAUGUAUCAGGGCAUCCAGAACGUCGUGGUUAAGCUGACUCCCAAGGGCAGUACCAGUGAAAACUAUGUCCUGGUCAACAGCCACUUUGACUCCCAGCCCACGAGUCCCUCAACCGGCGAUGAUGGUCAUAUGGUGGUCUCCAUCCUGGAGGUAUUGCGAGUGAUUUCGUCAUCGACGCAAUCGUUCGAGCACCCCAUUGUCUUCCUUAUCAAUGGAUCCGAGGAGAAUUCGCUGCAGGCAUCCCACGGGUUCAUUGCCUACCACAAAUGGGCAAAGAACUGCAAGGCUGUCAUUAACCUGGAUGCAGCUGGAAGUGGAGGUCGCGAACUCAUGUUCCAGUCUGGACCGAACACCCCCUGGCUGGCCAGUAUUUACAAGCAGGGCGCCAAGCAUUAUUUUUCCACCACCAUGGCUGAGGAAAUCUUUCAGACAGGACUUGUGCCAUCCUACACAGAUUUUGAUAUUUUCGUUGAAUACGGAAACCUUGUUGGACUGGAUAUUGGGCAGUGCAUCAAUGGAUUCGUGUAUCACACAAAGUACGAUCGCAUUGAUGUUAUUCCCCGGGCUGCUCUUCAGAACACAGGAGACAAUCUUUUGGGAUUGGUCCGAACCCUGUCAAAUGCCACUGAGUUGCGUAAUCCCAGCGCAAACCCAAGUGGAAACACCACCUUCUUUGAUGUCCUGGGAUUGUAUCUCAUUACCUAUUCGGCCGACACUGGUGUGAAGCUCAACUAUGCCGUGGCUGCAGCCGCCCUUAUCCUGGUUUAUGUAUCCUUGCUGCGCAUAGCGGAUACAUCGAAUGUCAGCUCCGAACAGGUCCUGAGCUCCUUCGUCUUGGUUCUAGUGGUCCAGGUUAUCGCCUUUGUUCUGGGUCUGGCCCUGCCUCUUUUGGUGGCCUAUGGCUUGGACAAAUACGGCUACUCCCUCAGCUAUUUCGCCACUCCAUCGCUUUUGAUCGGUCUAUAUGUGUGCCCCAGUCUCCUGGGACUUGCACUGCCCAGUUUCAUCUAUCUGAAGCUGAAGAGUUAUGAUAAGGUUUCAGUUGCCCAGCAAGUUCAACUGACACUCCAUGGACACGCCGCCGUCCUAUCGAUUCUCUGCAUUGGCAUCAAUUAUUAUGGAUUGCGGACCACCUACGUUAUUACAUGGACCCUCGUUUUCUACGUCGUACCCUUGGCUUUCAAUCUCCUUACCACCCUGCACGAUCGCGGGUUUUCGUGGACGGCCAUCUUGAAGAUUGUCCAGGUCGCUCCGUUCCUGUACAACAGCUAUCUCUUCUAUUGCUUCAUUGUGAUACUCACGCCAAUGAUGGGUCGCUUUGGACUGGGUACCAAUCCCGACUUGAUCAUCGGAGCUUUGACUGCCCUGGGAACCGUACUAUCCAUGGGUUUUUUGAUUUUACUGAUUAACAUGUCCCGCCGAUCAGGAUUCGUUCUUCUCACCUUGUUAUCCGUGGCCAUCGCAGCUAUCACUAUUGCCAGUUCCUCUGAUAUCGGAUUCCCCUACCGCGCGAAGACUAACGUACAGCGUGUUCCCUACUUGCAAGUGCGCCGGGUGUUCUACGAAUACGAUGGAACCGUCAGCAAGGAUGAGUCCGGAUAUCUGUUCAGUUUUCAGGAUCGUCGCGGAGUUUCUCCGUUGAAGGACACCAAUGUGGAUCUUACGGGCCUGGUCAACAUGACAUCCGACUGCGCCAAGUACAUGAUGUGCGGUAUGCCCCUAUACGAUCAUCGUUGGGUGGAGGCCAUGGACGAUACCAUGUGGCUGCCGCGAGAGACUCCCGUUUGGACGCCAGCUGAACCGAUCUUGGAGCUACGUAACAAGACUGUGCUGGCCGAUGGCAAGACCAUUCGAUUCCAGUUCAAUCUGAACUGCACGGAUCACACCAGUAUUUUCAUUAACCCAAACGAGGAUGUUACCGUCAGCAGCUGGUCGUUCCUUGAGGAAUAUCUAACCUCUAACUCACCACCGUAUCACAUCUACUAUUCCUACGGAAUCGACAAUACACCACUCGAUUUCUCCAUCGAUAUAACGAAACCCGAUGCCGACUUCAACGUCCAACUUUUCGAAAUGGGAAUUUCAGCACAUUACAUGCACGUUGAUGGCGACGAGGAAGCCGUCCAGUUCGCCAAAACUUUCCCCGACUUCGCCGUUACCAUUCAGUGGCCAGCUAUUUAUAAGAAAUACCAAUUCUAA